UCCAACAACAGGAGAGCAAGAGCCAGGCAACAUGGCGGACCUGGGGAAGAAGUACUGCGUCAACUGCCUCGCAGACGUCACCAAUCUGCGGCUCCGCUGUACAGAUUGUCCGGACAUCGAGCUGUGUCCAGAGUGCUUCUCGGCGGGUGCAGAAAUUGGCAAUCACCGGAGAUGGCACGGCUACCAGCAAGUCGACGGUGGCCGGUUUUCUCUCUGGGGUCCCGAAGCAGAGGGAGGAUGGACCAGCAGGGAAGAGCAGUCGCUGCUCGAUGCCAUCGAACAGUAUGGCUUUGGCAACUGGGAGGACAUGGCCUCUCAAGUGGGACCGUCUCGAACUCCUCAGGAGGUCAUGGAGCACUACGUCACCAUGUACAUACAUGGGAACCUGGGCAAGGCCUGCAUCCCUGACAGCAUCCCUAACCGGGUGACUGACCACACUUGCCCCAGCGGGGGUCCGCUGUCGCCGAGCCUCACUACACCGCUGCCACCACUGGACAUUACCCAGGCGGAGCAGCAACAGCUGGGCUACAUGCCGCUGCGCGACGAUUAUGAGAUCGAAUAUGACCAGGACGCAGAAAAGCUCAUCAGUGCGCUUUCGGUCAACUACGACGAUGAGGACGUGGAAAUUGAAAUGAAACGUGCCCACGUGGACAUGUACGUGCGAAAACUUCGAGAACGCCAGAGACGCAAGAACAUUGCUCGGGACUACAACCUGGUUCCGGCGUUUCUGGGCCGUGACAAGAAGGAAAAAGAGAAGGACAAGCCCGGAGCAUUAGGAGGUGCGGGAGCUGUUACAGGAGUAGGUGGCGCUGGUGUGGCCGGUGGUGCCGUCGUCUCUGGUUCCACACCAGCAGCCGUGUCGGGUCCAAUUCCAAGUACACCCAAGAGGAAGAUCACCAAGGAGGAGAAGGACCAGCGCGUCCGACUACGGGGUCUGUGCCAGUUCAUGGCACACCGGGAAUUUGAAGACUUUUUUGAGAACAUGCACAAAGAGCGUGCGCUGAGGGCCAAAGUGCGCGAGCUGCAACGGUACCGGCGCAACGGCAUCACUCGCCUUGACGAGUCUGUGGAAUAUGAAGCAGCGCGGCACAAGCGUGAGAAAAGAAAGGAAAACAAAAAUGUCAUCUCGAAAAGGAGCAGCGGGGGAGGACUGGGUUCUGGGGUGGGUGGUGCAGGAGGCGGUGGCGGCAUGUCAGGAGGGCUGGGUGUUGGUUGUGCCAUCAAGGAAGAAGGCAAGGAAGGAGAGUUUGCCGCUAUAGAGAACCUGACUGGGUUUGAGCUGCUGUCGGACCGAGAGAAGGUUCUGUGUAACUCUCUCAAUUUGAGCCCGGCCCGAUACCUGACUGUAAAGACUAUUAUCAUCAAAGACCACCUGCAGAAGAGACAGGGGAUCCCCGCUAAGAGCCGGCUCCCCAGCUACCUGGACAAAGUGCUGAAGAAGCGCAUCCUCAGCUUCCUGACGGAGAGCGGCUGGAUCUCCAGAGACACGGCGUAGACUCUCACACGCCGUCACACAAGCCCCUUUGAUCAAGACAUGUAAAUAUGUAAAUGCACAAAGAAGAGUCCCUCUUGGAAUAAAAAUAUAUUUUCUUACCAGAUUCUGGGGCAAAACACUUUUGUACUGCUGCGAAAGGGCCGCUAGCUGUGUUUUGGUUCAACGAGGCAGAUCAGUGAUGCUGGCUUUGUUCCAGACGUGUGCCCCGAGUGCAAGGUUCUAACAUUACAUGCCUUAAUUGUCCAAAAAAUUGUACCUUUUAUUUAUACGUGUUUACAAGCUUUCCUUUGAGCGAUGACUGUAGCAGCUUCGAAGCUCAUGAAAUGUAAAUGUAAAUGAAUCUGGUCAUUCUGAAGUGGUGGUUGGCGAGAAGACUGUGAGGGAUCAGUAUUGACUACUGAUCUAUUGGCAGCAAUGUUGAAUACCAACGUUAGAUUUUUUUAUUCAGCUGCAUUGUACUGACAGAAGUUCUCAUGAUAUUAACGCCAAAUGUGUUUCCAAGGACUUCUUCAUUCGAUCAAACCAUUCUGAAAUGUUUUGUCAGGAGUCAUCACUACUUGUAUUUCCUCCUGUAUGAUGUCUUGUAUGAACUUUCCGCUCCUGUGCUCAGAGUUUCUGCAGUGUUUCCUACCACUCGACAUUUUUACAGAUUUUCUAAUGCGUUUGCACACGAGAAGUGAUGCAUGUUUGUGCUGGUGUACGAGUGGACACACAUUAAAGUGGAGACAUUGACUUGC